AUGAGACCCGGCAAUAGUCCGGUUUAUACGAACCCAAUGAUCCGGGCGAGUGUAGUUCUUCCUUUGCUUGCUUUAAAGUUCUGGAUUGUGUCAUCUUGUUUACGCUUAUGUAAACAUACAAGCCUCUUUUUACCCACUGUCAACGAGAUUAAAUUAUUCCCGAAGCCUAUAAAAGAAAGCUUUUUCUCUUUGGAGCGUGACUUUGUUCUUCACUCAACCGGCACAUUUUACUGCACUGUACGGAACACCGGCUGA